AUUGGCUGCGCGGCUUUGCGCCUGCUCAGAGUGAACGUUCUAAUUCUAAUGAUUGAUGCUGAACCACGUGGGUUCCAUUCUUGAAACUAGCUGCGCAACGAUCGAGUUCAAGGAGACUCGGAGUGUCUUGCAGCCGCAGCAGUGGGAGGAGGAGGCGGCCGGCCGGCAGUCCGGAGCAGCGCUGGUGCAAAUAGACCCAGGAUCAACAUGCCCAGGGGCAGCAGGAGCGUGGGAUCCCGGUCGACUGUGGCCAGGUACGAGGGCAGUGUCUGAGCAGCGAGGUUGGCAAAGUCACCUUUAAAUAAGAAAGGGCUUCGUUUUCAAAGGAGCAGUUGCAAGGACCCGAGGUUUAUUGAGGUUACGCCCUCCCUCCGUCCUGGAAAAAACCCUAUCAACCCCUGCCUCAUACCAGGAGGAAAGAAAAACCUAUCUGUACACGCACAUUUCUUUAUGUAUUUAGGUUAUUGCGUUUAUAUCCUGUCGCUUCUCAAAGGACCUCAAGGUGACCUCUCUUCAGUCUCUUCAGUUUUUGUCUCACAACAACCCUGUUAGGUAGGCAAGGUUAAGAGAGAACAGCUCUUGGUCCUGCAAUGAGCUUCGUGUCUCUUUUCCCUAGCCUCAGACUGACUCUCUAACCACUACACCAGACUGUGUUUUGUUGGUCAGAAACACAGAGUUCUGACACUGGAAAUAGGUGGGGAAGUUUGGGGUGGCUCCCGAUUCACUUUUAAAAAAAAAUUCAUUGGGGAGGAGGUUGUUGAUUUUAAUUUCUCUUCUGCCCUUCCUCCCUGAGAUGCCCAAGGCAGCAGACACUAAAGGGUAGCAGUGAAAACUAAAAUAGAAACAUAAAACUGUCACACUUACCACUAAGCAGGACCCCCACCUUAUAAAAGGACGCACUUUAUUCCCGUGAUUGUAAGUUCACAGAAUCGUAGAGUUAGAAGGGACCAUGAGGGUCAUCUAGUCCAACCCUCUUUUGUCCUAUGUGGGUCUUGAACCCAGGACCCUGAGAUUAAGAGUCUCAUGCUCUACUGAUUUUUUAGCUGGGUUGUAACCUGUCCCGGGACCUUAGGGUGAAGGGUUGGUAAAAAAAUAGUAAUAAUUUCAAGGUCACUUAGGAACAGUAUCUUUCAGCCAUCAAAUGCCUAGGAAAACAGGAAUGUUUUCCUGAGAGAUAACAAGGAGGGUAACAGAUGCAUCUCAGCAGGGAGGGCAAUCCACAAAUUAGGAACCAACACCUAGAAGGUUCUGUGGUGCGUCACUGAUUUAGAGUGUGGGUAGCUGAAGGUUGUUGGUUUGCUCGUAGAUUUGAAGACUACCAAUGAGAUCAGGCCUGGUUAAAAUAAUGAGAUUCUACUUUUUAGAAUGAGAAAAGGCUGUAUGGAAGUCUUAAACUGCAAAAUCAUAUUGGUAGUAAGGGUGCUAUAUUUCUUCCUUUCUAAAAAAUGUGGCUGUUUCAGUUUUAUGGUGUGUGUUUUUGUAAGGUGCUCUUUUCUGGAACAUUCUAAGGCUGUGUUUCUAUAAUCUCUCCCUUCCCUGGUAAAGUCAGCAGCAAUCAGUUCAAUGGUUUCCUGGGAAACACCCCCCCCCCCCCGGUUUUAGAUUUCCCCCAUCAAUUUCCAGCAUUGAACUUGUUGCCUCGUGGUGGUGUUAAGAUAGCUUGAGGUCAGGAUAUUGGAAGACAGGAAGCUGACUAAUACAGAGUCAGACAAUUGGUCCAUCUUGCUCAGUACAGUGGUACCUCGAGUUAUAUAUGCUUCAGGAUACAUAUGCUUCAGGUUACAGACUCCACUAACCCAGAAAUAGUACCUUGGGUUAAGAACUUUGCUUCAGGAUGAGAACAGAAAUUGUGCUCCGGCGGCGCAGCAGCAGCAGGAGGCCCCAUUAGCUAAAGUGGUACCUCAGGUUAAGAACAGUUUCAGGUUAAGAACGGACCUCCAGAACGAAUUAAGUACUUAACCUGAGGUACCACUGCAUUGCCUACACUGGCUGGCAGCAGCUCUCCAGGUUUGCAGACUAAAAAUAUUCACUAGAGAGCGGGCCAGAGAUACUGUCAAUACAUAAACACCAUACAAGGAUUUGGAAUGAGGAAGAGGGAGGACUAGAAAGUUCUGGAUACAAAUCUAUGAGUUGUAUUUACUUGCUGUUUCACUUGAUGGCAAAGAUCGCCAAGCAUCCCAAGGUGACCUUUUGGAAUUGCUGGUUGUGUUAACGUCAGUCUCGUGUUUAGAUUGUUUUGAAAGAAAGUGAACUCUGCUCCCUGGUAGGUCAGAAGUAAACCAAAAGUUGUGCCAGAUUCAGCUAGCCAGUUGUGACAGCAGGAACCCACAAGGAUUUGAACACAAGGGCUUUUGCCAGCACAAUGGGGCUUCCCCCUGUCUGCCCCACAAAAUUGACUCAGGGGGCAGUUGAGAGCAGUGUUAGAAACUCAGAUAUAUAAGCUAGGUGCCAAAUGGCCUCUUUGACCAGAGUUACAGUCGCCAAAACGGAAUGCCUAGUUGCCAUUUUUCAAUACGACUUUUUGGUGGUUCCUGAAAUUCAUUCUGAUUGUGCAGAUAAAAUGUGAUGGGUCAAAUUCCACAGGAUGUGUCACUAGCGUGUGAACACAAUCCAGAUCCAAGGAUCUCCAGGCAUGCACCUCCAGAUGGUGGAGACGCCAGAUGUUAGUCAUCCUGGUGCCCGGGCAUGUUGACUUGGUCACAAGUGGCCGGCAGACAGGUGCAAAAUGCACCUGGCAAAUUUUGAACUCUGGUUGAGAGAACCCACAGAAUGGCAUGGGGGGGGCGAGAGAUGGUUGUGUCAUGUUUGCGUUGAUGGUGCAAUCUCCUUAGUGUGACAUCAAAUUCCUCCCAUUGCGUUGUAACGCACUGGAGAGCCAGUGUGGUGUAGUGGUUAAGAGCGGUGGACUCGUAAUCUGGUGAACCGGGUUCGCUUCCUCGCUCCUCCACAUGCAGCUGCUGGGUGACCUUGAGCUAGUCACACUUCUCUGAAGUCUCUCAGCCUCACUCACCUCACAGAGUGUUUGUUGUGGGGGAAGAAGGGAAAGGAGAUUGUUAGCCGCUUUGAGACUCCUUAGGGUAGUGAUAAAGCGGGAUAUCAAAUCCAAGCUGCUGCUGCUGCUGCUGCUGCUCUUCUUCUUCUUCUUCUUCUUCUUCUUCUUCUUCUUCUUCUUCUUCUUGAUAGACCUGAUAGAAAUUUAUAACAUGAUGCACUGCAUGGGUUUGGUGGGGGUCGUAGUCCGUCAGGUUGGAGAAGACCGCUCUGUUUGCAAACCCUGAACCAAGUUUCCAUUGAUUCUUUUCUUUCCUCCUCUGUUUCUCUCAGCAGCCCAGCACCAUCUCAUGCCCACCCCCCAGCUCACCCUCCUCCUUCGGCAAUGGCUGCUCCAGCUCAGCCCCAACAGCCUGGCUUAAUGGCCCAGAUGGCUACGACCGCGGCAGGUGUGGCUGUCGGCUCUGCGGUGGGUCAUGUGGUUGGCGGCGCACUCACCGGGGCCUUCAGCGGAGGGAGCAGCUCUGAGCCGGCCAAGCCAGCCAGCGGUGCUGUCCAGGUGAGGCUAUAAUUGCCAAGUUGCUCCGUGUGUGUGUGUGUGUGUGUGUGUGUGUGUCUGUGUCGCCAAGGGUGCAGGAAUGACUGCUAGCCUUCUAAAUGCACAACAGUGCAAUUUUCUGUGGGUUCGUUCUUCUUCAUCUACAUCUGUGGUUCUCAAACUUUCCUCUGCACCCAUACUUUCAAGAUAAUUUAUUUUUUAUCUGCACCAAAUUUUUUACCUACAAGAAAUAUAUCAAACACAAUCACUUUAUGAUAUGAUCAUGGGGCAUCUGGAAAGUAUAAAAAAAUGCAGCUACAUAAGAACAUGUAUCAUUCCCAGAAUAUAAUUAUAAACAAGCUUCUUACAUAUGUACCUUGAGUAUGUGUACAAACUCGAUGAGAGGCGUGAGCUUGCUUUUUCUCAUUUAUAUUGGGUCUAAUUUGAGAUGAACAAACUCGCCUCCUCCUCAACACAGAGAAGCCUUUCUCUCUUCUGAUCUUUCAUAUUUGACAGAAUUGAAAAUCCUUGUUCACAACAACAUGCUGUGGAGAACUGUAGAAGAAUAGCCAAUGCUCUUGAAGAGAGUUGUGGAUGCUGUUACUGGUUGUAUAUCCCCCCAAAAUAGUCUUGAUCCUAUCCUAUUCUAUCCUGAAAUGUUUACAUUUUCUUUUAUUGUUCUUGAAUCUUCCUGCCACACUUCACAUCCUCUCCUGCCAUACCAGUGUAGUGCACCACACCCUUUGAGAACUGCUGAUAUGCCUUAUGGUUAUGCACUGUAAUGCAGCAUACAAGAAGAUAAAUCUCUGCCCUGAGGAGAUUACAAUCUAAAAUCUGACUCAGGAGAGUGUUCCUAGAAUCUAAGAGUUAGAUGGUACCCCAAGGGUCAUUUCAUUUUGUGAAAUGCCCUGAGAUCUUUUGAUGAAGGGUGGUAAAUUAUAAUAAUUACAGCAGCAGCAGCAGCAACAAUAACAACCCCCUGCCAUGCAAGAAUCCUGCUCACAGACAUCUCUGGGUGGGUUCGAACCACCAGCCAUGGGCCUAAUUCUGUCUGCUAGGUAAAGUUAAAGGGACCCCUGACCAUUAGGUCGUGGCCGACUCUGGGGUUGGUGCUCUCAUCUCGCUUUAUUGGCCGAGGGAGCCAGCGUACAGCUUCCAAGUCAUGUGGCCAGCAUGACUAAGCCGCUUCAGGCGAACCAGAGCAGCACACGGAAAUGCCGUUUACCUUCCCACCGGAGCGGUACCUAUUUAUCUACUUUCACUUUGACAUGCUUUCGAACUGCUAGGUUGGCAGGAGCAGGGACCAAGCAACCGGAGCUCACCCCGUCGCGGGGAUUCGAACCGCUGACCUUCUGAUCAGCAAGUCCUAGGCUCUGUGGUUUAACCCACAGCGCCACCCGCAUCCCUUCUGUCUGCUAGGCCUCUCCAUUUGGCCCAGGAGACCAUUCCAGCCAAGCCACACCCACCCGCCCUCCCAGCAUUGUUGCAUUCCACACACUCGGCAGAAAGACUUCUCUAGCAGCCAUGGGGGAGAAAUGUCUGUGCAUGCAUAUAAACCUAUUUUAUGCAAGGUGGGACUGGGGUGUUGGCCAUCAUUGGAGAUGGAGAGAGUCUGGCAUCCUCUUGACCUCCGUGGGAUGACUCUUGCCAGCUAAAAGUAGACACUUUGACGCUAAGCCGUUUGGCUAUGGGUUUAAUUAAAGGCAAAGCCUGCCUGGAAGAUUAGCUUGGUAGAGCUGUCCUUGGUUAAUCGGGAGACGUUACGUCUGCAAAACCAUUUCCCCCUGGGUGAAGUCCCUUCUCGGAAAGGUUCACCUGCGGUUAUUUACUCCUCUCUUUUCCUUGUCUACAGGAGUCCAGGCCGCAGCCAGCCUAUCAGGGAUCCCAGUUCGGCCCCUGCCACUACGAGAUAAAGCAGUUCCUCGACUGUGCUACCAACCAGAGCGACCUAACGUUGUGCGAGGGCUUCAACGAGGCCCUGAAGCAGUGCAAGUACAACAGCGGUGAGUGUUUUGGCACAGAGGUGGGAGGAAGUGCCUCGCCACCUGGUUCUCUGUUGGGGUUUGAGAGACGGCUGUGAGUUUCCUAACCCUGAGAGGGUCCCUGCUACUGCUCUGAAGCCAGUGCACUGGGAGCAUAUCCAGCCCUGUCAAAAUGGAACAAAACUGUGCAAGAGCAUAGGGUCCUAGAGGGGAUGACUUACAACCAGUCCAGGGGUUGGCACUGCCUAUCAGCUUCUUCUUCCUCCUCCUCCUCCUCCAAUUAGCUGGCUCUGCUUGGCAUUCGCUGUGGCGCCACCUACUGUUGGCCUCCGUGCCUUCUACCUUACCAGUGCUAGUGGGCUUGUUUGUUUGUUAAGGGUGCUGGGAAUUGGAGUUCUGUGCAAGGGGAGGGAAACUACAGUUCCUGAGAUUCUUUGCAGACAAGCAGUAUGAGCUAAAUGUGCUUUAAAUGUUUGGCAUCACCUUCAGACACCAGCUGUCUAUUCUGUGCUGAAACUGAACCUGUUAUUCUUCCUUUCUGCAGGGGUUACUUCCCUCCCAUGAGGACAUUUUAGCACUAAUGCCGCAAAAUGAGAAGAACCUGGAAAGAGCAACAGACCAAAGGAGCCUGGAAGGGCUAGGGACUGGAAGACAGAGACAGAUGAGGGAUCUGACCAGAUUGGCACACAAAAAAAGCUCUCUAGUGUUGUUCUCAGUUGUAGGCUGGCAAACAAGGAGAAUUCUAGUUGAAAUUCUUAUAGCAGAGUUUUAAGGAUCUGGGUCCCACUUGAAUUCUUGUAGAGAAAUGUAAAAUAAAAGGAGAUGGUUUUAUUUUAAUCUACAACUUGUCUAUAUGUUUCUGUUGAUUAAAACACACAUGUGCACUCAAGAAGAAGAAGAAGAAGAGUUUGGAUUUGAUAUCCCGCCUUUCACUCCCUUUAAGGAGUCUCAAAGCGGCUAACAUUCUCCUUUCCCUUCCUUCUCCACAACAAACACUCUGUGGGGUGAGUGGGGCUGAGAGACUUCAGAGAAGUGUGACUAGCCCAAGGUCACCCAGCAGCUGCAUGUGGAGGAGCGGAGACGCGAACCCAGUUCACCAGAUUACGAGACUACCGCUCUUAACCACUACAACACACUGGCUCUCAUAAACGUUUUUGUUAACCACUCUGAGGUGUGUUGUAGUGGUCAGAGUGGCAGACUAGGACCUGGGAGAGACCUCUCUGAAGCUCACAGAGCGACCUUGGGCAAGUCACUUACUCUCAGCCGAACCUACCUCGCAGGGUUGUUGUGGUGGAUUAAAUGAGGGAGAGCCAUGUAUUCCACUUUGGGCUCCUUGGAGAAAAAGGUGGGAUAUAAAUACAAUCUAUAAAAUUGGCCAGCUGGAUGAGGCUAAUGGCCCAUCUAGUCCAGCAUCCUGUGGAAAGCCCGCAAACAGGGCCUGAGUUUUCCUGCAGUUUCCAGCAACUGGUAUUCAGAAACAUUACUGCCUCUAACCGUGGAGGUAAAAGUUAGACUUUGUGGUUAACUCAUGACACACAGCACAGUGCUAUUUGGAGGUGCAUGCAACCCCAGCCUUAACCCUAAACCCCAAAUCAACAAUGGCACGGUCACCACCCACAACACCAAUAUUAAUGUUAACCCUAAUGUGAACCUGAACCCAAACCCCAAAUUUAUCUCUAAUGCUAACCAUAACCCCACCCCUAAUCUUAACUCCCAACAUUAACCCUAACCCCAGCUGUAACCUCAAACCUAGCUGUAACCCUAACCUUAACCCCAGAACUAAUCCUGACACAUUUAUUCAUUUAUAAUUAAUUGCACUGCCCUUCAUCAGAAGAUCGUACGGCGGUUCACAAGAUACAAGCACAAGAUAAAAGUGCAAAAACAGAAAACACAAAACAAUAAUCACCCCUGCUCCCUCACAGAAGCACACUUAAAAGGCUGUAGAAUAUUAAUCGGGUUGAAGAGGAACGAUUUUGCCUGAUGCCUAAAGAUAUAUAAUGAAGGCACCAGGCGAAUCUCUUUGGGGAGAGCAUUCCAGAAACAGGGAGCCACUACAGAGAAGGGCCGUUCUCGAGUUGCCACCCUCUGGACCUCGCGUGGAAGAGGCACACGAAGAAAGGCCUCGGAUGCUGAAUGCAGAGUCUGGGUGGGUUUAUAUGGGGAGAGGCGGUCCUUGAGGUAUUGUGGUCCAGAGCUGUAAGCUGAAUCCUAACCCUAAACCUACUGAUGUCAGCUGAUGGGCAGGAGAACAGGGUUUAAUCCUGCACGGUUUGUGCAGCCCCUAGUCUCAGCAGAGAAGCAGAGAUUAAAGUGGGAGAGAUCCUUGCAAAGACUGGCAAAAGCGUUGGCGAGUGUCCCUGAGCUAGAGAGAUCAGGCGCAAAAGGCUCAGGAUUGCAAUACCUCAAGAACCGCCUCUUUCCAUAUGAACCUACCCGGACCCUGAUCAUCUUCUGAGGCCCUCCUUCGUGUGCCGCCUCCUUGAGAUGUCUGGAGGGUGGCGACACGAGAACGGGGCCUUCUCUGCAGUGGCUCCAUGUCUGUGGAAUGCUGUUCCCUGGGAAGUUCGCCUGGUGCCUUCAUUAUACACCUUUAGGCACCAGGCAAAAACGUUCCUUUUUAACCAGGCCUUUGGUUGACUUGAUCGACAUCCUACACCCUUUUAAAAUGCGGCUUUUUGGGGGAGGGGUGUUAUUGGGUUAUUGUUAUUGUUUUGAUUUUAUAUAUUGUGAUAUUUUUGGUGAACCGCCCUGAGACCUCCGGGUAUAGGGUGGUAUAUACAUUCAAUUAGUAAAAUUAAAAUAAGAAUAAACCUCAGGGCUGUGAUGUCAAAGGCUGUUCACUGUAGCAACACAUUCUGGCUUCCUUCCUUCACUGCCUGGGGUGGGGGAAGGACAAAGUGAAGGAGAGAAAGGAGCUUUAUUCCACCCCACCGCAAGAGCCCCCUGCUGUCCAAAGAGCUGUAAAGAAGCUCUUUCUGAUGCUUCUUGCAGCUUCAGCAGGAAUGCUGCAAGGGAUAUUGGCAUCAGAUGCCACAAUGACCUCAAGCCGCAGACUGCCCAACUCUCAAAUCUGGCCCAGGAGGCUGAUCCCUAUGAUCCCUGAUCGAAAAACGGAUGUGAUGGAGUCAACAUAGGAAGGGAAACUGAGGCCAGGGUCAGCCAACAGUUCCUGCAAUUGGGGCUGCCUUCUGGAGGUGGCUGGGGGGAACGAGAGCAGCAAGUGACCCCCAUUGCAAGGCCAGACUAGCAACAGAAAGGCUUUCUAACAUAGGGAUGCAGCCCGGCGUGAUGCUCAGCUCCUGGUCUUCAAAAAGGAUUGUCUGGACUGCUGCUAGAUAUUUCCACUUCUUUCUUUCCUAACUAGAAGUAAAAGAUUACCAAUCCAACAUUCCAACCUGCCCCAGCCCUGCCCCGCUUUUCCCAACCCAAAGGCAUCGUUCAAAUGUAAACUAUAAUAGUAAAGUUCAUGCGAACACAAAACUGGAGGGAGAUGGAAAGUUGCUGCUAUCAAUAUGAAGGAAAAUGUACUGUAUUCUGGAAUGCAGAAGGUAAAAUUAGUCUUUGUUCGUGUGCUGACCACUAAUCUGCCAUUAAGGUCUCUUAUUUUUUUGUACUAUGGAAACAAAGUUUUUGCAUCAGUUUUUCAGAAAAUGCUACUUCCCAAAUUAUAUUAUACAAUAUUUGUAUGUUUAAACCAUUUGCUUCUUUCCAAUUUCUAGCAAGAAUAUUAUUGCCACCAAUAAGUAAGCAAAUAAAUAAAUGUUUAUGC